AUGGAGGAGCCCAAGGACAACCGUCUUGUGCCAACUGAGAAUGAGCUCAAAGAUAUCGACAUCAAUGAUCCUCAUGUACAGGAGCUCAUUGUUCAGGCCCGGCAGUCAGCCGAGGCCGAUGGCCGGCUUACGAUCUGGCGAGCCCUGGUAAAGUACAAGAAGGCCGUCUUCUGGGCCAUGUUCUUGUCCACGAGUCUGAUCAUGGAAGGCUAUGAUGUAGUCAUUAUUACUUCCUUCUACGGCCAGACACAGUUCAUCAACCGGUUCGGUGUUCUGGACCCGGUAUCUGGUGUCAAGGCUAUCACGCCCGAGUGGCAAUCAGGCCUGACCAAUUCGGCUCAGGUUGGUCAGAUGCUGGGACUUAUCAUCAAUGGUUACUCCCAAGACCGCUUUGGGUGCCGGCCCACAUACAUCUUCUUCCUUUGUUGGAUGGGCGCCGUAAUCUUUAUUGUCUUCUUCGCCCCGUCUUUGUCUGUUUUGGCUUUUGGGGAGUUCAUGUGUGGCAUUUCCUGGGGCGUCUUCCAGACUCUUUCGACUGCCUACGCCUCUGAAGUCGUCCCAACCAUCCUCCGACCAUACGUUACGGCGUAUGUUUGCAUGUGCUGGGGCGCUGGCAUUCUCUUGUCUUCCGGGGUUGUACGCGCCGUCGUCGACCUCGAGGGCGAUCUGGGCUGGCGACUGCCUUUUGCCCUUCAAUGGGUCUGGCCGGUACCUCUCAUGAUAGGUGCCUAUUUUGCUCCCGAGUCUCCUUGGAAUGCCGUUCGUCGAAACAAGAUGGACCUUGCGAGAAAGAGUCUGGACCGCCUUGCCGCUGACGACACUGACGGCAAAGCACGCGAAGUCGAGGCUACAUUAUCCUACAUCCGAUACACCACGGAGCUGGAAAAGGCAGAAACAGUCUCUGCUAGUUAUCUCGACUGCUUCCGUGGCACCAAUCUUCGUCGCACAGAGAUUAACUGUGUGGUUUGGGCGGCUCAGAUUCUCUGCGGAAACGCCAUUCUUGGUUAUUCCGUCGUCUUCCUUCAGUCGGCAGGGUUCUCGGAAAUCCAAUCGUUCAAUCUGAAUAUUUCGCUUUCCGCCUGCUACAUCGUCGGUGGUGUCAUAUGCUGGCUUCUAUUUCCCCAUUUUGGCCGGGCCACAAUUUACAUGUCUGGCAUGGCAUUCAUGUUUAUCUGCUUGAUGGUCAUUGGCGGCCUUGGGUUUGUUCCGGGGCGCGGUGCGCAGCUGGCGAUUGGGGUUCUCCUGGUAGUCUCGACCUUGUGCAACAUGAUCACAGUCGGACCUGGCUGCUACCCAAUUGUUGCCGAAACGCCCUCUGGGCGACUCCGAUAUAAGACGAUUGUCAUUGGAAGAUUCACGUACAAUCUCACCGGUAUUUUCAACAACUCAGUCACGCCCCGAAUGAUAUCCUCAUCCUCAUGGAACUGGGGCGCCAAAGCGGCGCUUUUCUACGCCGGCACUAAUCUCUUGUGCAAUAUCUGGUGCUGGUUCCGACUUCCAGAGACCAAGGAUCGCUCCUUUGGAGAGAUUGAUUUGCUGUUCGACAACCGUGUUCCAGCAAGGAAGUUUAAGCACACAAACGUCGACCAGUUCAACCAGAAUAAUAAUACUUCUGAGAAGGCAGAGGAAGUCGGCCAGGUAACACAUAUAUCUAAGAUUUAA